AUUUCAAUUUUCAAAGGUGAUUAUAAUGCGCAUUUAGGUUCCCAUAAAAAAAAAUACUUUUUGGUUUUUAUUUUUAUUUCUCUUAGUAGUCAAUCCUUUUCCUCUGAGGAAUGAAUUAUUUCCGCCGGCACUUAUUUAUUUCCCUCACCUCCCAACUUUUGCCUUCGACCCGGAGAAACCCCAGCCGAAGUUGUUCUUCUUUUCUUUCCCCCCGGUAUUUUAUUAGGGUUCUAGACUUAGUUCCACCCCUUGUUUUUAUUUGCAGGGCUUCAAAUCCGUCACAACUCCAAAGAAGAAAUCUGUAACUGUAAGUAAUCUGUACCAAUGAGUUCUUUGAGUUUCUGAACCUUUCCGUAGGCUCUAGUCAUUGAUCUCAUGGGGAUUCUCUUAGCUUUUUUCAAUUAGGGUGAGGUAAUAAAGUCUCCAAGAAUUAAUGUUCCUUCUCUUAUGGGGCUUUUCCAUGAACUACAGCAACCUUGAAUUUUUGUUAAUGCGGGUUUCUUUGUUAGGGAUAAUGGUGUGACCAUUCUCUGAUGUGGCUGGUGGUAGCUGGCAUAAUUAAUUAUUUACAUGCUCAUUUUAUUUUAAUAAAUGCUCUGGGCAUGGGAUGUUAGCAUGUUCAUUUUGUUUCUACAACGGCUCUAGACAUGUGAAAAAAGCCAUAGCUUUCCGAGUGAACUAGUCAACUAUAGAUUCACCAAAGUAUUAAAUUUUUUUGAGUUUCUGUGUCGAAUAUGAAUGCAUGGGUUUGCUGUUAGUAUUUGCGGAAAUGCUUGGCUUAUCGUUUUGUGUUUUUGUUUCCGAUGCCACCUUCAAACUCAAUCAGCUGUAGAGCACCCCCGUCGACGAUGGCCACUGAAGGCGAUGAUAGCUGGUCCUCGAGGAUGAGGAAAGAGUGUGCUAAAAUGGCUGAAGGGGAGCUGGAGAGUUUGAUUGCGAGGCAGCAAAGAAUUUUGGAGAAAGUUGGUCGUAAAUUGCCAGACGGAGGGCGGAAACACAGGGUUGCCAUUGAAAUCAUGGGAGAGGAGCGACAGAUUAGAAAAUCCCAGCGGGAAACUAUGUCCGACGCAUCUACACAUUAUGGUGAACCACUUCAGGCUGCGACUCGAAAAUUUGUUGCUUCACAAGAAGGGGUGGAAUCCCUUCGGAAUGAAUUGAAUACAAAAUCACCUAAAAAUUUGAAAUUGAAGUACAGGGAGUUUGACAAUGCUAAAGACCAGGUAAAAGUGUAUGAAGAGGCUGUGCAGAUUGCAAGGGAUGUGAGUGAAGGGAAGGGGGUAGCAAGAGUAUUAGUCGAUCCCCCUGCGCCGAAAAGACUGCGAAAAGCUUCUCAGGAGGCUCAAGAGUAUUCCGUUCGUGCGCAAGUUAAAAUGGAAAAGUCGAUUAAGAAGACCAUUGAUGCCGUGAAUAUGCCUAGGUAUAGAGUUCAGAAACAGCCAGUCAUCUACUUGAGAGAUAGUGCUACGGAUUAUGGUUUUCUUGAUCUUUUCAUUAAAGAGAUGGCUAGGUUGCGAUACAACUUGACUGAGCACAAAUUUUGGUUGUAUUCUCGGGCGGUAUUGGCGAACUUGAAGCAAGCACGAGGUUUUUUCAAGAAGGAGACCGAACCUGAGAGGAAGACUUGGCUAAAACAUUUUGCCACCCAAGCUUUCUUCGGUAACAAGCAUGAGACUCCACCAACACUGUAUGAUUACUCAACCUUUCCUGAUGUGAAUCGUGAAGAGUUUAAAAUGAUGGUGACCAAGCUGUACCCACCGGAGAAAGAUUUGAAGCAACAUUUUCGGGUGUUCAUCGGGGAUAAAGUGAAAAAGAAUUUUUUCAAACUUCUACCAACCGAUGAGAUAAAGACAGCGUAGCUCAAUCGCGAUGUGUUAUAUUUUAAGGGAGGAGCUCUUCUAGUGUGCUCUAUAGCACGCAUGCUAUAAAAAACAAAAAAAAAAGGUGACCUGUUGAGGAGAUAACCCACUAAAUAACUGGUCCCACAUCAUUAAUGGCAAUCUUGUAAAUAAUGAAUCAAUGUAUAC